AAGGUCAUCGAGUACGCCAAGUACUUGGGCGUCGACCCUUUGAGAGAACCCCAGCUGCUUCGCAUCGCUCAGGAGGGGCUGGUGGCUCCCCUUCCCGACGGGUGGUCGGAACAUACCAACGAUCACGGCGAGGUCUUCUAUCACCACCGGGAGAGCGGGUCGAGUGUGUGGCAGCACCCGCUGGACAAUUUCUACAAGUCCAAAGUGCGAACGAAACAUCUGAGUUUGUUGUGCGAGUGA